CCUCACAGCCUCCUCCUCCUCCUCACCAUGGCUCGCCGCGGCUUGGUGCCCGCUGUGGUUGGGGCCGGUGCAACUGCACUGUUGGCAUCCAGUGGACCUUCUUUCGCAGUGCCCCGGGCUGCUGAUGCCACAAAGGCCAAAGUGCAGGGUGUCGCUGCAUCAUAUGCUGCAGAUGCUGCACCAACUCCACUAGGCUUUGCCACAGUGGCCAGCGCUGCCGUGGCCGCAGCUGGUUUGGCAGCUGCGCGCCGCGGAUCCCGGGUUGCAGCAUCACGUGCAGACACCAGCCGUGUUGUUUGUGCAGCUGGUAGUGUGGGAAAGAAAAGGUGCUUGGUCAUGGGCGGAACACGAUUCAUCGGCUGCUAUUUGGUUGCCAAACUUCGAGAGCAGGGCCAUGAUGUUGUGGUGUGCAACCGUGGAAAGACGAACGGAGGCAAGCCUGAACCCCUCCCUGGAGUGAAUGAUGCCGAGCAUCAAAAGAUGCUGGAGGGUGUCAGUGUGCUGGUGGCUGACCGGAAGGACCCAGCAGCGCUGAAGGCGGCACUGGCAGGCGCCGGGAAAUUUGACAUCGUUUUCGACAACAACGUGCGAAAGUUGAAUGAAGUUCAACCGUUGGUUGAGGGUGUCCAAAGCACAGGAGGCUGUGAACAAUUCAUCCUCAUGAGCAGUGCAGGUGUGUAUGGUCCCACUGAUGUGCUGCCGUUGAGUGAGGAGAAUCCUGGUGAUCCCAACUCUCGACACAAGGAGAAACUGCAAUGCGAGCAGUACUUGGAUUCUCAGGGUUUGAACUGGACCUCGAUUCGUCCAGUCUACAUCUACGGUCCCUUGAACUACAACCCGGUAGAGCGCUAUUUCUUUGAUCGAGUGACCCGCGGAAGGCCAGUAUGUAUCCCCUACGAUGGCAAAUACAUCACCCAGUUGGGACACUGCGAAGACCUGGCGGAUUUCAUGAUCAAGUGCAUCGGCAAUCCCGCGGUGAAGGGCCAGGUGUACAACAUCUCCAGCGAGGAGUACGUGACAUUCGAUGGCAUGGCCAAGCUAUGUGCACAGGCCGCAGGCAUGGCGGAGCCGCAGAUCGUGCACUAUGAUCCCAAGUCGGUUGAGGUGCCGGACGGAUUUCCCAAGGCCUUUCCUUUCCGUGGCAUGCACUUCUUCGCUUCCAUCGAGAAGGCAAAGCGUGAUGUGCCGGACUGGAUGCCCAAGUUCAGCAUGCUGGAAGGCUUGAGGAGUAGCUAUCAACAAGACUAUUUGGCACGUGGAUUUGACAAGCAGCAGCCUGAUUUUCGCACUGAUGAGCUGAUUUUGUCCAAGACCAUGUCUGCGGCAUGAAGUUCUCCAAACACGACCACUUUUCUGACCUGGAUUUAAAGGACUCCCCAGACCCAGGCCCACAUUGGGCCACACAGGCCGACAGGUCACACGGAGAAAA